UUGCUUAACCUUGAAGACCCUCUGCAUCUUGGAUCCCUCAACCUCUAUCUCUCUCUCUCUCUCUCUCUUUCCAAAUAGAACAUUCUUUCUUUCAAUCUUCACCACAUGCAACCCCAACCUAAUCAAUUCCCCAAAUCAAAUCCAGCAAGUGAUCCAAUUCAGUAACUCUCUUCCUUCCCAACCCCCCCCCCCCUCUCUCUCUCUCUCUCUCUCUCUCUCUAGAACGCUGAUCUCGUUCCAGGAUUUGGGUUUUGGGUUUUCUCCGAUUCGGUUCAGUUUCUCUUUGUUUCUGGGUGUUGUGUGAGCUUGGAUCGUUUCAAGCUUCCGUGGUGUGCAGCUCAAUUGGAGUUUCUAUACAGAACCCCUAGAGCAAAAUUAGAAGAAAUCAAACGUAGAAAAUGGAAAAGUACGAGAUUGUUAAGGAUAUUGGAUCUGGGAAUUUUGGGGUGGCCAGGCUUAUGAGGAACAAAGAGACCAAAGAGCUCGUCGCCAUGAAAUUCAUCGACCGCGGCCACAAGAUUGAUGAGAAUGUGGCAAGGGAAAUCAUAAACCACAGAUCGCUUCGCCAUCCAAACAUCAUUCGGUUCAGGGAGGUAGUUUUGACUCCUACACAUCUUGGUAUCGUGAUGGAGUAUGCGGCUGGUGGAGAGCUCUUCGAGCGAAUCUGCAAUGCAGGAAGGUUCAGUGAAGAUGAGGCUAGGUAUUUUUUUCAGCAGCUUAUCUCGGGAGUUAGCUACUGUCAUUCUCUGCAAAUAUGCCACCGAGAUUUGAAGCUGGAGAAUACCUUGCUGGAUGGCAGCGCAGCUCCACGCCUGAAAAUUUGUGAUUUUGGUUAUUCUAAGUCAUCCUUGCUGCAUUCAAGGCCUAAAUCAACUGUGGGAACUCCAGCAUAUAUUGCUCCUGAGGUUCUUUCUCGAAGAGAGUAUGAUGGCAAGUUGGCAGAUGUGUGGUCCUGUGGAGUAACCCUAUAUGUUAUGCUGGUGGGAGCUUAUCCAUUUGAAGACCAAGAAGAUCCAAAGAAUUUCAGGAAAACCAUUAAAAAAAUAAUGGGCGUUCAUUACAAGAUCCCAGACCAUGUUCACGUGUCUCAAGAUUGUAGGCAUCUCCUCUCUCGCAUCUUUGUUGCAAAUCCAGUAAGGAGGAUCACCAUUAAAGAUAUCAAGAACCACCCGUGGUUUUUAAAGAACUUGCCAAGAGAGCUUACAGAAGCAGCUCAAACCAUCUACUACAGAAAAGAAAACCCAACCUUUUCUCUCCAAACUAUCGAAGACAUCAUGAAGAUAGUGGAGGAAGCCAAAAUUCCUCCUCCAGUUUCCCGAUCAAUUGGAGGCUUUAGCUGGGGAGAAGAAGAUGGUGAUACAAAGGAAGAAGUAGAAGGCGAGGAGGAAGAAGAAGAAGAUGAGUAUGUUAAGACAGUCAAAGAAGUACAUGCAAGUGGAGAAGUGCGCGUCAGCUGAGGACCAGUUUCUUCCUCAAUAUCGGAGAACCUGAACGUGCGGGCUCUCAUUGUCUUUGUAGUAAAAAACGUUGUCAUGUUUGUAAAAACAGUCAGUUUUUUUGUUUUGCGUAGGCGAUGGUGUUUUGUGUUUCAAUAAACAAGCUUGUGUAAAUUAUGGUGUGGGGUGUAGACGCCUAAACGGGCUGUGUUGUAUCGUUUUAUCCGAGAACAAGAGAUUCUCACAAUGGAAACUUUGCCCCCUAAUGGGGUGUGGCAUGUAAGGAGGUUUAUUCAGUUAGAACAUAAGUUAGUAAUACUUUUGUUGUA